AUGGUAGUUUUGGUGAAGGCGAAGACAGACGACAGAAUCUUCCUCUGUCGCAGCUGGAGGAGCUGGGGAGGUAGCUCUGGUUUGUUUCUCCUGAUUGUGCCAACCAGAGCCAGUUUUCUUCUGAGGAGUUCCUAUGCCAUCAUUUUCCCAUCACGAGACAUCCACUCAGCCGCCAGCUCCUCUGUCUCUGCCAUCAGCUACUCGGCCUCCACCACUGUGUCUGUAUCGCACUCACCCCCUGAGGAAGAGGAAUCAGGCACUGGCUGGUACUCCUCAUCAUCAGUGGUGAUGCUUUCAUCCUCUGAGGAGGGUGUCCCCUCAUCUUCAGGAGAGGAUGUGUCCUCAUCUUGGCAGGUGGAGGACGGAGGCUACGAGUCAUCUGUCUCUGAAGAGAAGCAGGACACUCAGACCUGCAGCAGAAACCCAGACUCUGAGCCUCCAGGCAACCUCAAGACAGAUAAAUCUGGCCGUCUUCUCCUGGAGACUCCAGCCGACCUCCAGAACCUUCUGCUGCUGAGGAAGACCAAGAAACAGCAGAAAGCUUCUGUCACGAGACCUGCCGCUGCGUCCCCUGCUGUCCAGACAGUGCCUUAUUAUGUGGAUGAGGAGGAUUUCUUUAAGGCCUGUGAUCAAGCUCAGGAGCUGGUGAUUGAGAAGUACCUGUCCACAGGUGGAGACAUCAAUGCCUGUGACACAUUUGAGCGUACAGGUCUCCACAGAGCAUGCUCUCAGGGUCACAUUGACGUCAUCUCCAAACUGUUGGAGUCUGGAGCAAACAUCAACAGUAGAGACAAGCUGUGGUCAACAUGUGUCCACUCUGCCUGCCGAGGAGGACAUCUGUCUGUAUUAAAAAAGCUGUUGAACAACGGAGCCAACAUGACUGCAAAAGAUAAGCUGGACAGCACUCCACUUCAUGUCUCUGUGCGGACCGGACACCAUGACUGUGCUGAGCACCUGAUUCAGUGUGGAGCUGACCUCAACACACAGGACAGAGAGGGAGACACUCCUCUUCACGAUGCUGUUCGACUCAACAGAUUCAAAAUCAUUCAGCUGCUGUUACUGCACGGAGCUGACACACACAUCACCAACCAGGAUGGACAGUGUCCUCUGGACAGGGUGUUGCAGUGGCAGAAUGAAGCAAAGACUCUCCUCAUGGAGCAGCACCACAGGAAGUGAUGUCACUGACAGAGUACUGAUUGGUUUUAUUGGUUUACUUUGAGUUGAUGGUUUUUAUUUUGUUAAAUGGAAAAAAAGUGAAAGAUGAUGAAAACAUGAUCAGCUGUUUGAUGUGUGACGUUCUACAUGUUGUGAUUUAAAAUAAACAGUGUAUCUCUGUUGUUGCCUGGUAACACUCACCCUUGGGUGACCAGCAGCUCCUCAUUGGCUGUUUUUACUGUCAAAUACC